AUGUCGUCUACUGGAGGCGGAUGGGCGCAACUGCGUCAGCAAGCGCGCACUCUCGAACAACAAACAGAGACGCUGUUCCAUACAUAUUCGCAGUUCGGUUCGACACCAAACAUACCCGCGAAACCGUCAGAAGAAGAGUUACGCGUCGAAACUAGGUUGCAGGAAAUCCUUGCGCAAAGAGAUGGACUUGUCGGCCAGCUAUCGCGGCUGCUCGAUUCCGAAUCGACGCACGGCUCCUCAGCUGUGAAGCAGAACAACCUUGCCAGGCAUCGCGAAGUACUCUCAGAUCACCGUCGCGAGCUUGCGCGCUUGAAAUCCACCCUCAACGACGCCCGCAAUAGAGCAAACCUCCUCUCCAACGUACGAUCGGACAUCGAUGCAUACCGGUCCGCAAACCCAGAGCAAGCCGAGGCAGACUACAUGCUUGACGAGCGAAAUCGCAUCGACAACUCGCAUAAUGUGGCCGACUCGGUCCUCAGCCAGGCAUAUGCUGUACAAGAGAACUUCAGUCUGCAAAGGGAAACGCUAUCAAGCAUCAACCGGAGAAUAGUAGGCGCAGCAAGUCAAGUGCCAGGCAUCAACAGUUUGAUUGGAAGAAUUGGGACAAAGAAGCGCAGAGACGGCAUCAUACUGGGUAGUUUCAUCGCCUUCUGCUUUCUGAUGCUGCUAUGGUUCAGGUAG